AUGUCCCAAGAAGGCGUACCGGUAAAAAGAAGACGGGAAAAUGGUCCGGAUGAACAACCUGAUCUUCGAGAACUCGUAGAAAAGAAUAUUUCCGCUACACAAGAGAUCAAGACAAUGGUUAACAAUCAGGAGAAGAAUAUUUUGGAAACAAUUGAAAAACUAGAAGAUCAAAGGGAAAAUACAGGGUGGCUAAUAAGGGAAUUGGUAAAGAUUGGAGCACAAAUCAACGCGGAAAAUAAAAAAAGCUUGGACAAAAAGUUUGUGUUGAAUGAAAUUUUCUGCGACAUGCUCACAAUGAAAGACGGAGACUACCGUUAUGGAAAAUGCUAUGAGCAUUUUGGUCAGACUUGGAGGAUCGUUGUGAAACGACAGGACAAUUAUCUGGGUGUCUACAUGGGAAUUAAUAAGCUAGGAAACACCGAGAAAUGGUCUGCGGAGACUUUUCACUCAUUGGAAUUGAGUGUGGGGCGUGUGUGCAGAGACACCAUAAGGCAAGAAGGCAACUUUGAUGGUUACAAUAUGUAUGGAGCACUCAAGUUUUGCACUUGGCAAGAAAUGCAGAACCGCUGGUUGGUAGAUGGAAAACUAACUGUGAAGGCUGAAGUUCACAUUAGAAAGUUGGCUGGGUCUGUCAAGCCGAAACUUAUCGAUUUCGACGCCAGUGCCAAAUUCUCAGAUUAUAUAUUGGAAGUUGGAGGGCAGAAGUUCCAUGUAUUGAAGCAAGAAAAACUGCUAUCUGAAAUCAAGACCUUGGAGAAGUACAAAAGCAUCGUGGCAGACGGAGUGGAUGAUUUUAGUCUUGAUGUUGCCCAGGCGCUUCUAAAGAAGUCUCUUAGUCUUCAGUGA